CACCACACCACCCUUUUUUAAACCCUUCUCUAUUCACUAUCUCUCUCUUCUAGAUACCUACACGUGAGAUUCUUUAUUAUUAAUUGCAGAAAAUAAUUAUAUGUGUGUUAUGGGAACGGCACAAGAUUGGACAAACAAAAAGAGAGAAGAUGAAUUAAACUGCUUCAGUUUUUUCUGAUUUGAUUAUUAACUUUUUCAUUUCACUAUAAAGUUCAGAAGGGUGUUUGGUUGUUUUAAUAAUAACGUUUCCGCAAUCUGGAUUGUGGUCAAACAUGUACCAAUCUACUUGCUUUUGACGUAUUGAGAUAGAAUUUGCAUUAGAAAGGAGGAAUCAGAAGAUUUUGUUGUGGUUGUAGUAUUGCGGUGUUUUCAAUGGUUGUGUUCCACUAGGUUUAACGAUCUAUGAAAAACGAUGAUGAUCUAGAAAAUUUUCAGAUAUUAUUGGCGAUAGAGUGGUUGGGGUGGUUGUUAUAUUAUUUGAUAGAGAAGUAUUUAUGGGGAAAAAGAAACGACAAAAAACGAAGGAACUUUCGGUUGCUAUAGCCGAGGCUUCAUCCAAAGGAGGUGACACGGAACAUCAUCAUCAUCAGCAGCAACAAGAACAACCUGAGCCUCCACGAAAAAGAGGGAGACCUCGUAAGGUUGUUGUUGAGGAAACGGAAAUCGAGGGGGAAAAAGUGGAACCAGAAGCUUCUGCAGCAACCAAGAAAGAAAAAGAAGAAGAACAACAACAUGGGAAGUCACAAGAGGAGUUAACAUCAGCAUCGGCAACAACAUGCACGAUGAUAGUUACAAAGGAAGAGGGUGUGUUUGAAGGGAUUCAACUCCCAAAAGGGGAACCCUCGAGAAGCAGAGCCAGACGCAAAAGCAAACCCAGAAAAAGCACUUGAAAAUUAUUACCUUUUCUUUAUAGUUUCUCACCCUUUUUCUUCUCCAUAAGGAAGCAAUAGAAAGAGAUUCUUGGGUUAUUUCUUGGAUUUGUUAUCUUUUCGAAGAUUUGAAAUGGAAAACGCAAGCUUCCAAAGAAGUUUUUGUUCAGGUUCUAAGGCUUAUGUAAUCCCUGAUCAGUGUUAGGAUUAUAUAUAGUCCAUGAGAGCUUGAAUACAGUGUUUCAUUCCCAGAACUUGCUUUUGAUGCUCUCUUCAUUGUGAUAGCUAUAUAUCAUAGUUUAAAUAUAGGUCUUGGAUUUAAAUUUACUUGGUUUGUUACUAAAUAUGUUGUCCCUUAAGAGUAGAAAUGUUGCUUCA